UCUGAUUAAACAUUUACGAAGGUGGCAAGAGAAGAGAGGGAAACGAGCUUGGGCAUAUCCACUGAUAUUUCUUUCGACUGUCUUGUCGUGUUAGCUAGCUGUGAGCUUGCUAGCUAGUUAAAAUAGGUCAAAGCCCGAACAAACAAGAAUGGCAGACGGCGAUAACAAAAGCGCAAACAUGUUGGCUAGGGAGACUGCCCAACUUGAGGAGCAGCUGCAGGGAUGGGGAGAGGUGAUCCUGGCAGCGGACCAGGUCUUACACUGGCAGAAGCCCUGGUUUCCUGGUGCCUUGAUAGGGGCAACAACCCUGCUCUUCACGAUGGUGUAUUUCCUGGACCCGUCAGUACUCACUGGAGUUUCCUGCUGUGUGAUGUUCCUUUGUCUGGCUGACUACUCGGUGCCCAUCCUUGCCCCCAAAAUCUUCAGCUCCAGCAAGUGGACCACUGAGCAGCAGCAGCGCUACCAUGAGAUCUGUGGGAACAUGGCGAAGACCCGGCGCCGAGCCGUGGGCUGGUGGAAGCGCAUCUUUGCCCUCAAGGAGGAGAAACCCAAAAUGUACUUCAUGUCUGUGAUCAGCAGUCUGGUGGUGUUCGCCUGGAUUGGGCAGCAAGUCCAUAACCUGUUGCUGACCUACCUGAUUGUGACUUUCCUCCUGCUUCUCCCUGGCCUAAACCAGCAUGGCAUCAUCAGCAAGUAUGCUGGCAUGGCCAAGAGGGAGAUCAACAAACUGCUCAAACAGAAGGAGAAGAAGAACGAGUGAGAGCGAGGAGAAGGCGAGAACAAUCUGCAUCCCCUUUAAAUCCCUGCUAGAACCCGAGAACACCGGUGUGCAAGCUCCCAGGCACAGAAUCUUCAGGUGUAUGGGCACCACAUGAAUAUUCACAUGCAAACAUUCGUCAUAGUUGGGGUCCUUUUUUUCUCUCGUUCCCCUGGACAUCCUGUUUUUUUAGGUAGUCACUAUUUAUACAGCCUCGCACAUUUGCAUACACACACUGAACAAACUAUGAUCCCCUUGCUGCAGCAGCUUUAAUGCGGAAGAGCACUUUUAUAGCUUUCAGUACAUUCCAAAUGUUGAAUAUAGAGAGAAAUCCGAUUAGUAAUUUAUGAAGAGUAGUAAGAUAUUCCUCUAUACAAUCCACAUGCAGGCUCCAUUACAUCAAGAGACAUGUAGAUUAGCAUGUGCAGAUUUUCUAAAGGAAUGGGUUGUGCUGUUUAGUCUUUACAUUUCAGUGAUGUUUGAAACUUUCCCAUCAACCAGUGCUGUUUAUUUUCGUUGUCUCUUCUCUUGUUAACAUUACACUGGGAUCGUUGGCAAAAACUGGAUUGAACAAGAAAAAGACAUUUUUCUCAGGCACUGUGUGUCCCAUGUUGACAAGUAUUACAAACCUGCUGUUCUGACAGAAAGCUGGAUUCUGUUCAUUUAGAUCUAGAUCCUACUGAUGUUUCUACUCCAGCGUCUCUCCGAUUGGCUCAUAUGGCCUCUGUAAAUACCUGUCCUCUGCUCUUUCAGUGUGAAUCUGUGUGUAUUCCUCAGUUUUGGGUUUCCCCUGACCUCCCAUUUAAUUUGUUCCUUUUCUUUCAUGGUUUGACUAAUUAAUAAAGUUGUUCUGAGAAAAUG